CAACUCUUGGCGUAAUUAAUGGAUUGGCUAAUAAUAACGCAUUGCGUGCUAUUAAUGCCAAUCAGUUUAGAGGGGGAGCUCUCCAAAUAAGAAAUACAGUUCCAGCUGACAAUAAUGCAAUUGCUACACCAUUACUAUCUCAACCAUCUUUGCCAUCACAACCAUCUCAGCUGUCUCGACCUUACUAUGGACCACAACCCGCAGGAACAGACCAAUUUGUACGAGAUGCAAACAUUG